AUGGAAGUCCAACCUCACCAAGCGGAAGACAAGACGACAGUCACUGUACUAGUCACUGGCGCAAACAGCGGACUAGGCUUCUCAAUAUGCUGCCGCCUCAUCGAUGAAUUCCUCUUCACCCGCCCCCAAUCGCAGUCCCUCCACCUCCUCUUCUCCACCCGCGACACGAAGAAGGGCGACUCCACCCUCCGCCGCCUCAAUGCCCACCUCCAAAAGACGCUCAAGGAAGCCAAUGCCUCCACCCCGGGCAUCAGCCUCCUCCUCGAGGCCCGCAUCAAGCUCGAAAACGUCCUCGUAGACCUCACGCGCCUCCUCUCUGUUAAAGCGCUGGCAAAACAACUCCUCACCCGCGGUCAACACCUCGACGCCGUGGUAUGGAACGCUGGUAUAGCGGGUUGGAUGGGAAUCGACUACCUAGCCGCUGCCCGCGAAGUCCUCACCUCCGUCGUCCAGGCGACUACGUACCCGCACUUCAUGAUCUGCGACGUCGGCGCGCUCGCGAAGCCGCAGCUCAGCGGCCACGGAUCGGUGCAUACGUUCCCUGAGCCGGCGCUGGGGAAGGUGUUCACGGCGAAUGUGUUUGGGCAUUAUAUGCUGACGCACUGGCUGGCGCCGCUGAUGGACGCGGGGAGUAGGGUGGUCUGGGUCUCGAGUCCCAGUGCGUUGCCUGAGGCCUUUGAGGUGGAGGAUCUGCAGGGGCUGGGGGCAAAGAUGGCUUAUGAGAGUUCGAAGCGGGUGACGGAUCUGAUGGUGCUGACGUCGGAGGGGGAGGCGAGUAGGGAGUCGACGAGAACGUUCUGGGGAGGGAGGGAGGAGGGGCCGAGGCCAAGGAUGUACGUCACGCAUCCGGGGGUGAUUACGACGAGCAUUGCGGAUAUCUCGUGGAUUCUGACGUUGGGCAUGAUCGCGAUCACGUAUCUGGCGCGCUGGCUCGGGUCGCCGUGGCACUGCGUCUCGGCUUACAAGGGGGCGGUGAGCGCUACAUAUGCUGUGCUGGCUCCGCCGGACCAGCUGCCGGAGUUGGAGGAACGGGAGGGGAAGGGGAAGUGGGGUAGUGCGUGUGAUGUUUUUGGGCAUGAACGAGUGGCGCGGACGGAAAUUGAGGGUUGGGGUUAUGGCGGUGAGCUCGGUGCGAGGCCGAGUGGGAGUGUGCCGUACAGUCGGACGGGGCACAAGGAGGCUACGAGGGAGUCGCGGGAGGAGUUCGAGGAGACGGGGAGGAAGGUGUGGAGGGAGAUGGAAGAGAUGCGGGUCGAGUGGGAGAAGAGGCUGGGCAAGGUGGAGGUCGACAGUGCGUCGUCUGUCGAUGCUUGA